UUUUAGUUUGCAUAUCAUGGGUAUGCAUGCCAAGAAGAAGCAUUUGUUUUUGUUUAGAAAUAUAAACAUCUCUCCUGUAGUAUUGUAUUUUUGUUUGCACGUGCUGCUGCAUUAUUUAAUUUAAUGUUUUAUUAAACAAAAUCCCUAUAUAAAAACAAAUCCUGGCCAAAUGUUUGCUUUAGCCGAGCUUAAGGACACUAUACGCAUUGCACCCGAACAAUUUAACCUGAAAUUGGUGGAAGCCAUACGCGAUGAAAUCAAUCGAAAGUUAGCCAAUAAGGUUCUGUUAAAUGUUGGCUUGUGCAUAGCCCUGAAAGACAUUGUCUCCCUUAAGGACUCGAUUAUAUUACCGGGCGAUGGCGCCUCGCACACAGAGGUCAUAUUUCGUUAUAUUGUAUUCCGGCCCGCCAUUAGCAACAUAUUGACCGGUAAAAUUCGUAAUUGCAGUCAUGAAGGUGUCCAUGUUACCUUGGGUUUCUUCGAUGAUAUUCUGAUACCUCCGACGGCAUUGCAGCAUCCUUCGCGUUUCGAUGAAACCGAACAGGCGUGGGUAUGGGAAUAUCCUUUAGAAGAUGGUGGUAAACAUGACCUUUUUAUGGAUGUUGGGGAACCCAUUAAGUUUCGAGUGUCACGGGAAAUAUUUGAAGAAAGUUCACCGAUUGGACCGCCCACAAGUGAAAGUAUGAAACCGGGAACCUCGGCGGCAACCACAUCAACUGCUGGUCAGGCUGGUGAAUCGAAGACGCCCUAUAGAAUAAUUGCUGCCAUUAAUGAAUCCGGCUUGGGUGUUCUAUCAUGGUGGGACCAACAGCAACAGGAGGAUGAUGAGGCCGGUGAUGAAGAGGGCGAGGAAGAUAAUAAUGAUUAUGAAAAUGACGAAAAUGGUGAAGGUGCCUAUGAGGAGUAGUUUGUAAAUAAAAGUUAUAAAAAAACAUAAAAAAUAUAUAUGUUUUUGUGGUAUUAAAUGGGAAUAAUGAUCGUAGUUAAAAUGCGA